GGAUCACCCGAGUCACUGUUCCAGACGGAGUGUCGGGGAGAGAACGUAAGACAUGUCCGAAAGGAGCUGACUGUGCUGUCCACAUGAUCACAACCAGGUGAUAUAUAAAAAGUCUUGUGUCGCCGUCGUCCACGGGCAUGGAUCUGCUUGUGGAGUGUCCAACGUUCACAACACUUAUUAUUAUACACCGGCAAGCAGAGCGGCAUAACAAUAACAUCCAACACACAAAUCUACCCACCUGUGAUUCCUAUAUCAACUGUCACCGCUGAACGCAAUUUUUACCUCAUGGCUCCAAAGGUUGUUGAUGUCUUGAUAAUCGGGGGUGGCCCUGCAGGUUUGGCGGUGGCAUCCACCAUCGUAAGACAACUGGGGACCGGCAUUCUGUUUGACUCAGGCGUCUACCGCAACGCACGAGCACACCACAUGUAUGGCGUCCCGGCAUGCGACUAUUUGGCCCCGGAGGCCUACAGGAUGAAAGCCAAAGGUGAUAUACUGAGGCGAUACGACACAGUGGAAUUCAAGAGGGCCUACAUUGAAACAAUCAAGAAGCUUGAAAAUGGCAAUUUUGAGGCUAUGGACGGGUGGGGUCACGUUUACGAGGGGAGAAAGGUGGUCAUCGCGACCGGCGUGAAGGACGUCCUGCCCCAGAUCGAGGGCUUUGAUUUCUGCUGGGGCCGCGGAGUUUUUCCGGAUCUUUUCUGCCACGGAUAUGAAGACCAAGGCACAUCAGCUGGCCUGUUUGCCUUUGAGAUGUUCGACAACAUGGAAGCGGUCACCGAGGUGGGCAACACGGCACUGCAGCUCUCAAAGAAUCUGCGGGUCUACACCAAUGGCGAGGAAGCACUCGCUUCCAAGAUCAAGACCAGUGCCUGGAGACCAGAUUUUGAGGCAAGAGUAACCAUCGAAAACCGUCGCAUCAGGAGUAUCAGAAUGCUUUCUGACGACACCUCACAACUCAUGGUGACGCUAGAUGAUGGGACUCAAUUUGAGGAGUCUUAUAUUGUUUAUCAUCCACCGGUCGAGAUCAAUGGGCCUUUUGCGAAGCAGCUCGGCCUUGAGACUGGCCGACAGGGAGAAAUCCAGGUCAGCUUGCCAUACAAUGAGACAAGCGUGCGAGGUGUAUUUGCGUGUGGAGAUGCAGCAACCCAAGAAAAGAUUGUUCCAACUGCGAUCUGCGGUGGCGCUUUGGCUGGUCGCGGCAUCAUUACGCAAUUGCAGGCUGAGAACAUUUGAAGCUGAAAUCAAAAUGAGGUCAGUUGUGACAUACGGCGCGCGGUGACAUGAGACACGAAUUAUAGAACUCUCUGGGCACGGAUUUGUCUGAUAUAAAUAGAGUCGUGUGCUUUGCCAAGAUCAUAGAAACAAUACACGCGUUUGUUAUCUUGAA